CAUGAAGGAUCAGCCACUCAGGGUUAAGUUAAUUGAUCUUGGCUGCGCCAUUAUGGCGUCCCAAGUCGAGCUGGGACGGAGAUCCAGCCGUGUGGGUACAUGGCUCCAGAGAUCUCUCUGGGUCUUCCAUUCUCCGAGGCCGUCGAUGUGUGGGGGGUCGGGUGCGUACUGGCGUUCCUGUACCUGGCUCAAAACCUGUUCUCCGUUGAAUGCAAAUAUCAAAUGAUGAAGAACAUGGUGACAAUGCUGGGCCAGCCGCAGGACCACCUGCUCCGUGCUGGAAAGUACAGCGAGCAGUUCUUCAUCGAAGAGGAGGGUGAAGACAGUCCAUCAUGGAGACUGAUGACUGCAGAAGAAUACACUGCUGUUAAUAAUGUGGAAACAGAGGAAGAGGAGGGCUUCAUCGAGCUGCCGAACUCCCUCAAUGGCCUGAUUCAUAUCCAUCCAAAGUUGGCUGAGAUGGAAGACCGCAUGGCCUUUGUGUCUCUGUUGGAGGGGCUGCUGCAUCUUGACGGGGAUGAGAGGAUCUCUCCUCGUCAAGCUCUGGAGCUGCCCUUCAUUUCCAUGAGCCACCUGAGGGAGGACGUCCACAGCAGAGACUAUCUGACCACCUCCCAAGAAGCAAUGAGGGUCUGCCCCACUGAGGACAGCGUCCACUGUUCAACCUCAGACAGUGGCUACUCUGGAUCCAUGGACGAAGUCUCCUGGGAUUCUGUGGAGGCUCUAGACUUUACAAGUGCCACCAGUGAACUGUCCUGGUGUUCUGACCUGACUAUCAACUCCAGAGAUACCUCGGUCUGGUCGUCCAUCGGAGAUGAUGACACCAGGGAGGAAGUCUCCUGCCGUUCUGACAAGGCUGCCGCUGCAGCCACAGCCUCCUCGGGCGGCAAGAGAACGCUGCUGAGAAGAAUUAGAAAAUUCUUCUCAAGACUCACAAGCUGCUGCCGUCCAAAACCGGAGGACUGAAUUAUUUAUUUCUUUAUUGGUGUUUUUCUAUUUUAAUAUGCAUUGUACAUGUACAUAAUACUAGUUUUUAAAAUUUUAAUGUUUUAUUAAUACUUUUUUACUACAUUUUAAUACCUUUUACUGCAUUUAAUGGUUUUAAUACUUUUUAAUACUGUGUGAUAUUCUUACUACAUUUUAAUCAAUCAAUCAAUCAAAUUUUAUUUGUAUGGCCCAUAUUCACAAAUCACAAUUUGUCUCAUAGGGCUUUGACAUGGUGUGACAUCCUCUGCCCUUAACCCUCAACAAGAGUAAGGAAAAACU